CCAAAAUCAUUCGUUUGUAUUUUGAAUAUUAUUAAAAUAAUUAAAAUGUUAAAGCUCAUUUGUAUGAACUAAUUUCUGAAUUAGUUGUAGCUGAAUAGACCUACUUAAUCUGAAAGGAUAGUUAUUUGGGAUUCUCUAAUUCUAUUUGAAACUGUAAACAUUUUGUGGUUAUUUGGGGAUCAUAGUAUUAGUGUUAAUCUGUGAUAUGUAUUGAACGUACAGAUAUAAGUUUGUGGUUUGGAAUUAUCGUGUAGAUUUCAUGUCUGAAGUAAAUCCUAAAAGUCUUAAAGAAGCCGAAGGUGCUCUGUUCCUUGCUGACGGGGACACACCAUGGCUUCUCAACAUAUUUUCAUCCAUCGCUGACUCUCCUACCGCCUUGGAACACGGAUUUCUCGCUGUCCUCUACAUAAUUAUGUACGAAGCAGGCUUUUAUUUUCUGGACGGACCUCAUAAUUCUACGCUCAGUUAUGAUGUUCGUACAAUGCGCUGUUUGAAGGAUCCUAAUAUUUUAUUGAAGCAUUUGAAGAUGGAAAAUAAGCAAUAUGUUACUCAUUUUUCACAUGAGCUUAUGUAUCCUAAUAUAUUGACAGUGGUAACAUACUCAAUAAUAACAAGUCAUUUUUAUAAAAACCAUAUGUUGGUUGUGAAUUUUUUUUGUCCCAAUAAUAAAAAUCUUCAAACUAUUUCAAUAAAUCCAGAUAAUUUAAUUUCUUUUGAGCCAAACAAGGGACCACUUAUUGCUGAUGAAAGAGUCCAUUUUAUUUCAUAUGUAAAAAAUAUUUUAUGUUCAUUUAAGGGUACAAGUGGCACUGAAGUGUAUCAUCAUCCACACCAUAUUUUGUCAUUACCUUUACAUGUUUUACAAUUGAUUUGCCGAAACUUGGGUGGUAAAUCGUUUAUUAAAUUUGUAAUGUCAUGUAAAUUUUUGUACGAAAUUUUUUCCGAAGACGAAACUCUUUGGAAGAAAUUUUCUUUAAAUGAAUAUAGAUGUCUAAAUAAAUCUCCUAAUGAGACUUGGAAAAAUCAUUAUGUAUACCAGGCCAAAAAAAUCCAACGACUUAAAGAUUUUCGCCUUCCACCAUUUAUCUUACAUCCUUAUGGGUUCUGGUAUUAAGAAAUUUUUAUUGUCCUUGGCAACAUUUCAACAUCGUGCCAUUUUAUCAAUAUUGUCUUCUGAGGAUUACCACUCUUGAUAUGGUAUGAUGAAAAAAUUAUUUUUGGUAUUUAUUAACUCGAUAUGAUAGAUUGUUGACUGUUUAGUGCUAUAACAAGAUUACUGAUUGUCAGACAAUCAGUCAAUGUGACUUAAAAAAAAACAUUGAGUUAUGAUUACUUAAACUUAAACUUGUAUUAUAAACUUAAUGUUUUUUUUUAAUUCAUUUUGAUUGAUUCUUUUACAACCUAUGAUCCUUAUUAAUUAAUUGUGAUUCUGUUUGCAACUUUAUUACAUUUAUAUUAUAAUCUAUAUUUCGAAUUAUUCACUUUGUGAAUUGUUUCCUAGUAUUAAUGUUAAGGUUGUUCAAUGGUUACAAUUUAAUGUAUGUUUUUG